GUUUGGAGUAUGUGGUGGCUAAUGGGGUGAAACCUGGACUCAUUGUUAUGGCCCUGAGUGGUCAAUUUCUGCAGUCAAUGCAUGAUGCUGUAGAAUCUGCCAUAGCAAGUGGAUUUUCUGUUGUUGUGGCGGCUGGAAACGAAGGACAAAAUGCGUGCGAUUUCACUCCCUCUAGUUCGCCAUCGUCUAUCACAGUGGCAGCUACGGCAAGUGACGACCAUGCUACCGACUACAGUAACUAUGGUUCGUGCGUUGAUAUAUACGCACCGGGCAAUUUUAUCAGAACACCUGGCUUCUCCAAUAAAGAUACACGUCUUAUAAGUGGCACUUCGAUGGCAUGUCCUUUUGUAGCAGGUAUUGUUGCUAUCCAUUUACAGAAGAACCCAAACCUUACACCAGAUGAAGUUAAAACGGCUAUUUUAGAUACUUGUACCCACAAUCAAGUUUAUGGUGAUGGUAUCGCGAACGGAAGUCCAAACAGAUUGGCUUAUUUAGAUCCUCUCUUUAUGACUAUAUGA